AUGGCUGGUUCAUUCCCUACAAAUACUCAGCCACAAAAUGUUCCGGCCACUCAACAAGAGCAAAAUGGCCCCGGCCGAAACACGGCCGUCGGCCAUGAUCAAGUGGUAGUCGAAGACAUUACGGAAGUCGCCGGGGGACCAGUAUUGAGGCCGAAUCCGGCCACUUCAUUGGAACUCCAACAACUCAUGCGAGUCAUGGAGACAAUGGCCCAAACAAUGGCCACUCAAAAUGCUCAGAUCAACGAGAGAUUUGAUCGAUGGUUAGGCCAACAAAAUGGCCAAAAUGGAAACCAAGGGGCGCCAAUUGGAGCACCAGCGGUUGGGCCACAAGUGGAGGCCCAACCAAAUGGUUUUGGAGUGAAUCCGCCCCAACUUAAUCCACCAGCUGGGGCCAACCAAGCCCCAGUGGUUAAUAUUCCGCCGAUGGGCAACAACCCAUAUGCGGCGGUCAACCAAUUUCAAGUGUUCCCGCCAUAUAAUCAAUUCCGCCCACAAGCUCACCAAGCGGCUGGGGCCAAUUUCGCUGGGCCUCAUAUCAACCAAUUCGGAGUCGGUGGUUGGAAUAACCCCGGCGGGAAUGCUAACAACCCAUUGCUAGGGAAUCAAGCAAUCGACCGAGGUGCGGUCGAACAAAUGAUUCAAGAUAUGGUGCCCCAUGCUAGGAGGAUUGGUAGGCCGGUUUAUCGGCGACCAUAUCCGGAGCACUUUGAUCAAGAGGAGUUUCCAAGGGGUUUCAAGGUUCCGGAUUUUGCACUAUUUUCGGGAGAUGGGCUCCAAUCGACCGUUGAACACAUUGGCCGAUUCACGGCCCAAUGCGCGGAGAUUGGGCAUCGCGAGGCCUUGAAACUAAGGCUAUUUCCGAGUACCCUUACGGGGGCAGCUUUUUCAUGGUAUGUUAAGCUUCCACAAAAUUCCGUCCCUAAUUGGCAAGUUAUGGAGCAAGUCUUCCACGAGCAAUUCUAUCGACCGGAGCCGGAAGUCUCAAUGGCCGACUUGGCAAAGAUAAGCCAGAAGCCAAGUGAGUCGGUCCAAGAAUAUUUGGGGCGGUUUAGAGAAGCAAGGGCUAGGUGUACGGUCAAUAUGCCAGAGCACGAGUUUGCAAAAUUGGCCCAAGGAGGAUUGUUGCUUGAUCUCCGAAAGAAAUUCGAAGGAAUUGAGUUCCGCGACAUUUAUGAUCUCUUACUUCGGGUGGAUCGAUACGAAGCCCUUCUGAAGGAGGAGCAACAAAAAGGGCGGCCGGCACCCCGGCCGACAUUUUAUAGGGAUUCAACUAAACCUUCCGGGUCUAGGACUACGGCGGUCCACGCAAUAGACAUUGGAGAUAUAGACUCAGAAGAAAGAGGUGAUGAAGUUUACUUAGAGGAAGAAGAGUCGGCUGAGGUAAACUUGGCCGAGAUUGUGGCCAAAGGGCCAUAUGUGUGCAAGGCUUUGUCUAAAGCCUCUAAGGAUCAAAGGCCGACCACGGCCCAAAUGUCCAAGUUUAGUGGAACCUCCCAAAAGGCGGUCGUGACUAAGUCCUACACAUUUGAUAUUUCUAAAGCCGAACAAAUUUUCGACCAACUUUUGAAAGAAAAGAUCAUAAAAUUAUCUAAUGAUCAUGAUAUUCCGUCGGCUAAUGAACUUAGAAAUAAAACUUAUUGCAAGUUUCACAAUGUAUGGUCUCAUACGACUAACAAUUGCUUGGUUUUUCGGAAUGCCGUGCAGGAUCUCAUCGAUCGAAAGAUCUUGAAGUUUCCGGAGAAAACUACAAUGGGCGUCGACAAGGAUCCUUUCCCAAAUGCUCAAGUCAACAUGGUGAAUGCUAACUUCCCAAGGCCAGACCAACCUAGGCCUAGGUUGGACUUGGGUGGCUCAGCAAGGGCUGCGGCAGAAAGAAGGGCAAGGGAAAUUCCGGCGGAUCCUAAGGCGAAGGGCAAGGCUAAAAUGUACCCUGAGAUGGCCAAAGUUCCCGAGACAAAAGGUUCGACCAAGGAAGAACCUCCAAAGGCCAUUGUGCUAUGUAGUCGAUGCCAAUGUGAGGUGAUUCUCGAAGUGGUUUCGCCAAAGCCCAAAGAGCCAACCAAGGAUCAAGUCCAAGUGGGCAGAUCUAGGAGUUUUGAAAAGAAGAUGAUAACAAGUCCGGCCGAGAAUUACGGCCCACAUAGCCCAAGGGGCGAAAUGGAAGGGAGGCCGAACAAACGGCCAUUGCAUGAGUACCAAGAUAGGUACGAGAAGCCGAGGUAUCAGCCGAAGAGGAGAAAUCAACAUGCCCCUCUAAGAUAUGAAGACAUUGAUUCGCCCGAUUCAAGCCAAAAUCGAAGCAUGUGGAUUUCGGUGGAAGAAGGCAAAAGCCGAGAUGUGGCAUAUGUAUCAAGACCCCGCCCCGCGGACGGUAAUGGUGUCCCAACUUUCAAGGUGCCAAACACAAAGGCGGGCCAAUGGUAUAGAAGUAGAGGCCCAAAACUUCCACCGGUGCCUCUGAGCAAAACUCAAACGAGAAGGGCUCAAAGACAAUAUGCCACCACUUGCAAGGCGGAGUUAGAUUGGGCGGAUAAAAGGCAAGCUCAACUUGAUCGAUUGGUCGAGCUUCGAGAGAAACUUCGAUUGGAGGAGUUGGAAUUGGCCAAGGCCGAUGCCGUCGCUUCUUUAGAGGCCGCCGCGGCCGAGGAGAUGAAAAUACGUCGAGAAUGGGUGAAUGGCCGAGUUGUGGUAACGGCCCCGGAAGAGCCAAUCUCGGAAUUAGAGGCCCAUUUGACUGGGGCUUUUGAGGCAAAUAACUCUAAAGUGGAAGUUAGUGAACCGACCAAGAGGAGAGAAGAUAAACCUCUCAAGGUUCAAAAGGCAAGGGCGGCUCCACCAAAAGCCAAGCCUCCAAUCGCCAAGGCCCUGGCCAUGACCAAAUUGGCUCAGCCCACCAAGGUUGAGAGCAAAGAGGAAAGGACCAAAACAUGGUCCAAGAAGCUGGGGAUGUGCCCCAUAAAAUAG